AUGCGAGGAAAACUGCACAAAAGAGGAACUGCAACCUUCAAAAGACCGGGGCCACUACCUCACGCCUUGAGCCUAGGGCUUCGGGAUAGUCUCCUUGAUAACGGAGAGUCAGACGAAAAACAACAUGGAGAAUUGUCAGCAGUGUCGACCUUCAUCACCACGCGGUUUAAGGUUUCGGGUUUAGGCUGUCAUCUUCUACAGCUAGCCCCUAAACCGCUAAGCCAUAAACCCUUAGCCGGCCUGUUGGUAGAGCCGAGGUACAGGCGUGUUGCCCUCCUGUUCCCCGCCUUCCACCCCUGGAUCGCAUUGCUGCGGCUGAGCCUGCUAACCUCAUACAAGGUGCGAGUGUCCCUGAUCUUUCUGAAGCUCUGCACCGCCGCGAGCACAAGUGCUUUGUUCUUCACGAGUUCCUCCCCGGGUCCUGACUCGGAUCCAAACUGUAAAAAGCCGCAGACUCUUGUGGCGCAGCUUGUGCAGAAUACUGUGGUGGGUGUGGUCUCUGCACUGCUCGGUGACAUGAUCGUCUUCGCUCUCUUCUUGGUUCAAAAUCGCAGUCCCAUAGAAAAGGACUGGACAGAACAGUCGAAGAGGUGGCAGUUGAGGGUUUGGAAGUGCCGAGCCGUGGCAUUUUGGUUGAUUUGGUUGGUCUAUUCGCUUGUAUGCUUGGUCUACACUAUGCUGUUCUUGGCGAACGUCCGCCUGGUAGAUGCGCACGGCUGGUUAAUGAGCACUGGCAUGAGCUUACUCCAGGACUUGGUGAUACUUCCCUUGUUCCUGGCUUUGGCACUCGGCUUGAUGGCAUCGGUGGCACUGCUCAGCAAGGGGAUUCGCAGAAGGACGGGCUGCUGA